GUCGUACUCCAUCUGACCUGUUCGGCGGCCGUUACAUGUCACGGGCACAUUUAAGUUCGGGUCGGAUAGGUACCCUAGCGAGACUUCCAGCUCUUGAGCCGCUUGGAGAUCGUCAGAGAGAGAGAGAGAGGCCGUGCUUCCCCUUUCUUUCUCUCGUUCGGUGACAGCCGUGAUGGUUGAGCUGCGGUCAUCGAGCUCGGAGAUGGAUCUGGACCGCCCCAACAUCGAGGAGUACCUCCCACCGACUCCAUCCAAGAAUCCCCCCAAGAAGCUCCACCUGAGGGACUUGCUCGACAUUUCUCCCACGCUGACGGAGGCCGCCGGCGCCAUCGUUGAUGAUUCCUUCACUCGCUGCUUUAAAUCGAAUCCUCCAGAGCCCUGGAAUUGGAAUGUCUAUUUAUUUCCCUUAUGGUGCUUGGGAGUGAUUAUUAGAUACGGAAUUCUUUUUCCCCUAAGAGUUGCAAUCUUGACAGCAGGGUGGCUAGUAUUCUUUGCAGCCUUUAUUCCUGUACAUUUCUUGUUGACAGCACAUAAUAAGUGGAGGCGUAAAAUAGAGAGGAAGUUGGUUGAGAUGAUAUGCAGUGUCUUUGUUGCUUCAUGGACAGGGGUGGUCAAGUAUCAUGGGCCUCGUCCUAGCAUGCGCCCUCAGCAGGUAUUUGUUGCCAACCACACUUCCAUGAUUGAUUUCAUCAUACUAGAGCAGAUGACAGCAUUUGCUGUUAUAAUGCAAAAGCAUCCUGGAUGGGUCGGAUUUAUUCAAAAGACUAUUUUGGAAGGUGUUGGUUGUAUUUGGUUCAACCGUACAGAAUCAAAGGAUCGUGAAGUUGUGGCACGAAAGUUAAGAGAACAUAUUCACGGAGCUGACAACAACCCUCUUCUGAUAUUUCCAGAAGGAACCUGCGUCAACAACCAUUACACUGUCAUGUUCAAGAAGGGUGCUUUUGAACUUGGUUGUGCUGUUUGCCCAGUCGCAAUAAAGUACAACAAAAUUUUUGUGGAUGCCUUCUGGAACAGUAAGAAGCAAUCUUUUACAAUGCAUUUGUUUCACCUUAUGACAUCGUGGGCUGUUGUUUGCGAUGUUUGGUACCUGGAGCCUCAGUACAUAAGACCUGGAGAGACGCCUAUUGAAUUUGCUGAAAGGGUUAGGGACAUGAUUUCCAUUCGAGCUGGUCUCAAAAAGGUGCCGUGGGAUGGAUAUUUGAAAUACUUCCGCCCCAGUCCUAAGCUCACUGAAAGAAAGCAGCAGAUAUUUGCAGAGUCAGUCUUGCAGCGGUUGGAGGAAAAAUAAAGCGCCAUUAUGCAUUCAUCCUCAAUGUGCCCCACUCUGGAGAAUUCCUACUGUUACAGUAUUGCUAUUCCUUUCUUCUGCUUUUGAAAUUCUAUCUUCUACCAUGACUAUUGUAUUUUGAUGUGGGAGCUCUUGGAAAUGCCCAGCUUGCACUAUUAUGGGAAAUGAUAAACCUUUGUAAAUUAGCCGUGGUUAUUAUCCCAAUGGAAGUAGUGUUGAAUAGCUGAUAACAGUUGUAUUCUUCUAUGUGAAACGCGUCUGGAGGAAUUAGGCAUAUUCAUAUUCAAGUCAGAAAUAUGAAUUUGAAGCUGAAUUAAGUAUACGUGCUGAGUGCCAUAUGUAAUCCAAUACAGUUUUGCUCUCUCU